AUGCAAUUUUCUCCCAUUUCGGCGUUGAACGCACGCGGAAAAUGGCGGACGACAUUGUUGAUCUUCAAGAGGCGAAUGAGGAAUUCGAAGUUGACGAAGAAGGAGAUCAGGGGCUACAAAAACUGAAGGAAAAGGCCAGGAAAAGGAAAGGAAGAGGGUUUGGAUCAGAUGGAGCAACCAGAACAAAUGUAGAAGAUUAUGAGGCCAUGGAUGUGGAUGAAGAAGGGGGUCCUGGACCUCAGAGAUCUGUAGAAGGAUGGAUCCUGUUUGUCACAGGGGUACAUGAGGAAGCACAGGAAGAUGAUAUAUAUGAUAAAUUCUCAGAGUAUGGAGAAAUAAAGAACAUUCAUCUAAACCUUGAUAGAAGAACUGGUUUCCUUAAAGGCUAUGCACUGGUGGAAUACGAGACAUUCAAAGAAGCCCAAUCAGCAAUAGAAGCUUUAAAUGGUUCAGACAUACUUGGACAGAAAAUAAGUGUUGACUGGUGUUUUGUAAGAGGCCCCACAGCUAAGAAAAACAGUGGCAGCAGCAGAAGAAGGCGAAGUAGUGAUAAGAGACGAUAAAAGACUUGAUUAUAUACAAGGACUUUCUAUAUAACCAGUUGAUUACUGAUUAUUGGUGAAUUAGCCCCAAGUAGUACAUGGAUGGAGUGGAUGGACACAGUAUCUGUUAUGCUGAUGGGUACCCAUCAUUGCAUUGUUUAAUUCCAAGAAGUAUGACCCAGACCAGUGUUAUCAAAAAUUGGGCUAUUUUACAGCAUAAGGAUAUAAGAAAAAUAAUGAAGUCAAAAACCUCUUUGUUGAAAAUAUUUGAGUAAAUUUAAAAAUACUGUACGUUUUGUAAUAAGGGGCCAUUCAGAAUGAGUUCUGUCAACCUAGCUAGUGCACUCAAAUUCCCUAAAUGCAAUCAAAUAAACCGACUAACACGCUGCCUCUCGUUUCCAACGUUUUAAUCACCGGCUUUGACUCAAUGCCAGGAGGCGGUGUGUUAGUCUGUUUAUUAAAUUGCAUUCAGUGAGUCCAUUGGAGUUAGUGUGCACUGGUCAACAUACCUCAUCCUGAAUGGCCCCUCAGACACUGUCAGAAGUUUCAUUGUGUACGUUUUAUAGAAGUUUUGUGAAAAUAGUUUGACAGUUUACAAGAUUGUUUGGAGAUGAUUUACCUACAAUAGUAUAAAGGUAAAAAAUGAUUCAAGGAUUUUUAGUAGAAGCUGCCUCAAAAUGUAGAAAUUGAUCAGGUGUAAACAGUGUUUGACCUGAAAGACUUUUUUGUACUCAAAAUAGAAUUGUUGUCACCAAGCUAGUAAAACCAGCAAUUUUGUUUAGUUAAUGCUUUGAUUUAUGCCUUGUGUUGACUCUGUAAAGAUAAAGGAAAACACAUUCAGAUGUAAAGAUAAUUUCUUUAUUUGUAUAUUUUAAUUUGUAGGAAUAAAAUCAAUUUAAGUAUAA